UGUGCGCCCUCUAUUGUUUCAAUUUAUGAAUUUGCACGUGUUGUUUUGAUGACGAGAUGGAUACUUCUGAAAUAGUGGACAAAGUAUUGAGAAAUGCAGCGGAGGAAGAGAAGAAAUACAAGUCUAUAGAAGUUAAACGGGAUGUGGAAGUCGGCAUCGACUUAGGGAACUUGCUGACCUGUGAUCCAAAUGCAUUAGAUGUAAAGAAAUAUAGAGUAAAAAAAGAAGAAUAUCUUGCUUCCGUUGCUAGGGAUGCGACGCAACUAUUAUUCAACCAACUUUGGAAGCUUCCUGUGCACAGAGUUGAGGAUGCCAUCACUGUCAAGCUCCCAGAACCAUCUACAGUCCUGCCAAGAGAAAAAAGGGUACCAAAGGAUAAACCAGCCACCAAAUGGGAGCAGUAUGCCAAGCAGAAAGGAAUUCAAAAGAGGAAAAGGACUGGUAAAGUUUGGAGUGAAGAAGAAGAGAAAUGGAUUCCUAGAUAUGGUUACAAGAGCAAGAAUGACCUCAAGAAAGAUUGGCUUCUUGAAGUUCCAGCUAAUGCAGAUCCUAUGGAGGACCAGUUUACCAAGAAGAAGAAGGCCAAGCAGGAGAGAAUUGCCAAGAAUGAGCUUCAGAGGUUACGUAACAUUGCCAGAGCGAAGAAAGGAAAAGUUCCAGGAGUAGGGCUCACACCGACAGAGAAACCAGACAAAUCUCUGGUCAAUAAGUCCAUUCAUUUAUCCAAACAUUCUACAGCAUCAAUAGGAAAGUUUGAAAAUAAACUGCCUAAAGAACCACUGAUCAAGAAUCUUGGAAAAAGGCGAAAGUUUGAUCCGGUCAUGGGUUCUUUGAAGAAGGAGCAGGAUCUUCAGAAAAGUAUUUUAGAUGGACUAUCAAGGAAAAAACCAGAGAUAAAUGUCACCAAGGCUGUAAACAGGCAGAUCAGGGAGGAACAACAGAGUGCAGCAGCAGAGAAGAGAGAAGGAAAGAAGGGUGGAAAGGGAAAAGGCAAAGGAAAGGGAUCCAGGAAAGCAGCACCAAAGACUGCCGGAAGGAAGCGAACCAAAGGAGGUGGGCGGGGCAAGAAGCGAUGAGAUUCCUCCAAACAAUGCUUUUGAACUAAUAGACUGAAUAUAUAGUACCUAUGAUUACGAUCCGGUGGAGUCAUUUGCGUAAAUGAGCUGCACCGAUUCUUUUUGAAGAAACUAGGCCUGCAGAUAAUCAUCGGCCAGUACAAACCAGCAGCCAGUAUAGCAACACCUGAAGUUCUCGGCUUCUCAGAUCAGGCCAGCUUCCUAACCCAUAAUGCAACAACAUUCUAAGCAGUGUAGUCUUAUAAUGCAGGCCCACUUGAAAAAUAACAUGUCAGUUCACUACUCAUUACAUUCAUACAGCAACAUUUAUGAUACUACAAGUAGCAAAACAAAUACUUUCUCCUUAAAACAUUUUAGUUUCCCUGUACAAGUAAAAUUAUAGUCUAAUUUAUUCUCUGUUUUGUUAAUUAAAAGUUUGCUAAUAUUUGAAGACUAGUUAAUCAUUGUUGAUGGCAGACCAGUUCACACAGUCUUGUCAAGUUCAUUUUCACUUUAGAGUAUGCCUCAUCCAAAUUACAUUACAAGGGAAAGGUGCUUUCUGUAACUGAGGAAUUAAUUCAACAAGGUAGCAAUUUAUUUCACAGGGGGCAAGUGGUUCAAAAAGGAUGAUUUUGUGGUCAUGAUAUCUACUGUGGAAACAAGGUACAGCAAGGGCCUGUUCAACUUCAGAUUUUGAUUUUUUGCAGCAGUAGUAAAUAACUAAAUAUAUCUGGUAAAACGGGUCCAGGAAUAUUUAUAGAGGGAUAUCAAAUGCUGAUUGUAUUUAUAACAGAUCACUCAAUAUGAUGUUUCACUUGAUAAAAAAACUUGUCGCUUAUUGCUUGGUGAAAUAAAUCAUGUAAAGGUAGCUUUUGUUUUCAUGAUUUUUCUUAAAAUUAUGGUUCUAAUUGACCAUUUUUCAUUGAACUUGAAUUUCUUAAUUCACUGAUGAAAAGUGAUUUUAAUUAUAACUAACAUCUAAGAUAAGAUAUGUUUUUCAAGUUUUAAUAAUAAAAUGAUAAUAAUCAUUUUAAAUACC